AUGUCUCGUAUGGCCCGUGAUCUUCUAGCAAUUCCUAUCUCAACAGUAGCCUCUGAGUCAGCCUUCAGUUCAGGUGGAAGAACACUUGAUGAUUUUAGGACAUCACUCACACCAACAAUGGUUGAGCGACUCGUUUGUACAAAUGAUUGGCUUCGUGGAAACAACUACAUCAGUGUUGAAGAGGACACAAAAGCAUUGGCCAAGCUUGAGGAAGAAAUUGGUGCCCUGGCCAUUUCUAAGAAUAGCACUCCUGCUACUGCAUCUUGA